AUGCAUGCACUGCGAGACAUCCUCUCAUUCUCCAUAACACUAUGCGCAUGCAGCGCUCAUGUUUUUCAGCAGGCCCCGAUAUCUACAUCGCUUGGUCCUGGUAAAAGACACUUUUUAGGCGCCUUGACCACCCCGUUGGUAGAGAAUCCUCUUGCGGGUGUCUUACCAGCUGUUCAGAGCCCUGUCAAACCGGUUACAGACCUGCCUGAUAAGAUUCACGCAGCAGUAGCGAAACCACUCGGCGUCAAAUUGCCUGUAGGGGGCGCCGUCAAGGCUGCUGCAGAGUUGCCCGAGAAGGCUCCAGCGGCGGUAGACAAUCCUACUGGCGCUGACUCGCCUGCUCAGGGUCCGGUUAAGGACGCUGUGGAUCAGCCUGCGACAAAGCCUGUGGACGAUGCCUCAUUGCAGCCUACGCCACUGGCACCCCACACGAAACCAUCUGUCUCCUCUGGUGCGAAAGAGAGUAGUCCACCCCCGAAAGCGUCAGAAAGUCAACCAACGAGUCAACAGUCCCCUGGUGUAAAGACUAGCUCCCAGCGUCCCAAUCUACCUGCAUCAACGCCGUCCAGUCCGGCUUCGUUAUCUCGUCCCGGGCUCUCAAGCCGUCCACCAUCAGUGGCGCCCUCAUCGACACCGAUACCAGAAUCUAAAUCUAAUUCAGAAAGCAAGGAGCAGGAAAAGACCACAAGUGAUGCUACAGAUCAACCGACGCCAGUCAUCCAAUACGUCUACGUUACGUCUGCGUCCAACCCACAAGUUAUCCAGACUCGCACGAUUGUACGUAUAGGGACAGUCGUCGGAUCCACCUUGGCAGAUGCCUCUGCUCAACUCAACGCACUCAGCCAGUCCAACUCAAGCACGGGUCUGAGCGAUAGCAAUAAGCGCGUCAUUAUCGGUGUCGUGGUUGGCGUUGGUGGAUUUGUCGCGUUGGCAGCGUUGGGUGCACUCCUCUUUCGCAUCAUUGGCAAGAAGUAUCAGUCCGUCGCGCCAGCAGAUGACUACAGCUCAGGACGCAGCAGGUUUGCAGGAUCUACGAGUACGUGGCAGUCGGAUGGCAGCAAAGUCGAUCUCAGUUAUGGUCAGUUUGGAAACAGAGCACAAGAUAAAUUGGGCAUCAGCAGCAAUUUUUAA